AUGAAGCUCAUUAUAACGAUCUUCUCUUUGGCCGCUUUUACCAGCCUAGUAACGGCCAACUGCAAAAUAUGUGCAGGCAAUACGGCUGGAUGCGUCGGCGAUGGCAACAUCUGCUCUAACGAGUACAAGUCGAUCAAGGGCGGAUUCCUAUUUUACAAGAUUUGCUGUGAAGAUACCGGUUUUCCGAGUGUUAGCUGUAAUCAUAAGGGAGAAUGUAAUGAUUAA